CAGCUCUGAUGGGCUUUGAAAGAAAUCUGCUGCUAUUUUUUUUUUUUUUGCUGCUGAAGACAUGAAUUUCAAAGUACGUGUUGCAAAGAAAGAAGACUGCAAAGAUAUAGCAAGAAUGAUCAUGGUUUUCCAGGAACUGUCCAUUUUUGAAAAAAUGUCUGAACAAGUCAAGAUCACACAUACAGAACUGGAACGUGAUGGUUUCUGCCAGAAUCCCUUGUUUGAGUGUCUUGUUGCAGAAGUACUAGAGGAGCAUAAAUCUAAAGAAGGCUUCACAGUUGUCGGGUACGCUCUUUACUUUUACACCUACAGCACAUGGAAGGGCCGGUCAGUGUAUCUGGAGGACCUCUAUGUGAUGCCUGAAUUCAGAGGAAAUGGCAUUGGAAAGGGUUUGCUGUGUAAAGUAGCUGCGGUGUGCAAAGUGAAGCAGUGUGUGAGGCUUCAGCUGUCUGUGCUGAACUGGAACACUCCAAGUCGAGACUUCUACGCUGCCAAAGGUGCUCAGGACCUGACAGUCACCGAAGGCUGGCACUUUGUCCGCUUUGAUGGACAAAACCUGGAGAAUUUGGCAAAUGAAGCCCCAAAAGAUUAGAAGCCUGCCUAGUGAAAACAUGGCUGAUUGUGGAACAUACGGCACUGUAACUUCUUAAUGUACACAUGUGAUCACUUCAAACCCAUCAGAAGGUGAUCAUGCUGCAGUUUGGUUCAGAACACCUGAUUGUUUCAGCACUGCGUGCAGUAGUACUUGGAAACUUCAGAUUAAAUACACAGAUUUUUGUGAAAAUAUACACUCACUGUUACUUCAUUAGGUACACUUUUUUGUAGUACUGUGGUGGAACCCUUUUGUUUUCAGAACUGCUAAAAUUCUUUAAUUCAACAUUGUGCUUGAACCUUUCCUCAGGUUUUGGUCUAUGUUAAUUUGAUACAACUAGAUA